CACAUGUUAUACCACCAGACGAGUGGAAACUGAAAAAGAGGAACAAGGUGUGAAACUGAAAACCCAUUUAGAGCAUCAUACGUGGGUUCGGUUCGGAGCAACUCAGAAAACAAUCAUUAGAGAUUAGAGCUUAAAGAACGCUUUCGGUUUCUUCAGUGCAGAUGGGCCCAGAGUACAUAAGGUCUUCUCUCAAUAACGAGAAGGUUGAAGGUCUCUCGGCUCCUCCAGGUUUUGUCUCUCGUACAUCCUUUGUACUUAAGAGGGUUGAAAAAAGUGAUGAAACCAAUAAUACGAUUUCCUCCUUGGAUGCAUCUAAAAAAGAGCCAAUCAAGACAGACACUAUGUUUGACAAGACUGACAUUGCAGAGCUGUCAGGAACACUCAAACGCAAACCAUGGAUACUCUUUGAUGAAAGAAAUUAUAGCCCAAAGGAAUUUGAAUCUGGACAGCGUGAUAUGAAUUUUCCUUUGAAAACUUGCCUUCCAAAAGGGGUUUCUCAUGGAUGCCCAGAUUGUAAUAACUGUCUGAAGGUAACAGCAAGGUGGCGUCCUGAAGAUGCAAGAAUAGAAGUCAUUGAAGAGGCUCCUGUUUUCCACCCAACAGAAGAAGAAUUUGAAGACACGGUUGAGUAUAUUGCAAGAAUACGUCCUAGGGUGGAACCAUAUGGAAUUUGUCGUAUUGUUCCUCCUCCUUCCUGGCAACCUCCCUGCCUAAUAAAGGAAAAGGGCAUAUGGGAAAAUUCCACAUUUGUUAGCCAUACUCAGCGGAUAGAUGGGCUUCAAAAUCAGUCUUCAGAGAGUCAAAUGUCUAGAUCUUCUGAAAAUGUGAAGGGUAAGAGGAGAAGAAGUUUGAGAAUGGGUUCAGACUAUGAUCCUGGCGAUGAAGAUACCUCAAACUGUGACACUGUUGGACGUUUUAAUAUUGAAGUCUUUGAAUCUGAAUCUGGUCCAGAGUUCACUCUUGAAACUUUUAACCGAUGUGCAGAUGAUUUCAAGCGCCAAUAUUUUUGCAGUGGGGAUAAGGUUACAGGUUCAGAUAAAAAUUCAACCAAAUUUCAAAAUCAGUGGGAACCAUCAGUGGAAAAUAUUGAAGGUGAAUAUAGACGUAUCGUUGAGAAUCCAACUGAAGAAAUUGAGGUGCUUUUUGGUGAAAACCUGGACACUGGGGUUUUUGGCAGUGGAUUUCCAAGAGUUUCCAAUUCUGUAGAGACAUCUCGUUAUCCUAAGUAUUUGGAAUCAGGCUGGAACUUAAACAAUAUAUCUAGACUGCCUGGUUCUUUCCUUUCUUUCGAAAGCUGGGAGACUUCUGGUAUCGUAGUGCCUCAGCUUCGCAUAGGAAUGUGCUUUUCCUCACUUCAUUGGAAAACUGAAGAGCACCACCUAUAUUUAUUGCGUUACAUGCAUUUGGGUGCUCCUAGAAUAUCCUAUUGCAUUCCAAGGAGCUAUAAUGUUAAAUUUAAGGCAGCUGUGAAGAAGUACUUUCCAGAUUUGUUGGUUGAGCAACAUGAGUUAGGCAAUAGUCUGGUUAAAGAGGUAUUUAUCUCCAGGAUAAAGUCGGAGGGUAUACCUGUCUAUCGCUGCAUUCAGUAUCCCAGGGAGUUUGUUCUCAUCCUUCCAGGAGCAUAUCAUUCGGGAUUUGAUUGCGGCUUUAAUUGUGUUGAGGUGGUGAAUUUUGCUCCCCUUGACUGGUUGCCCUUUGGGCAGAAUGCUGUGGAACUCUAUCGUGAGCAGCGGAGAAAGACAUCAAUAUCCUUUGAUAAGCUGUUACUUGGAGCAGCUAGGGAAGCUGUGAAGGCACAAUGGGAGUUUUCACUGCGAAGCAAUAAUACAUUACAUAAUUUGAGAUGGAGGGACGGGUGUGGAAAGGACGGGAUCUUAACAAAAGCAGCCAAGUCACGUAUUAAAUGUGAAUCUAUUAUGAGGAAGUAUCUUUGCACCUCUUCAAAGUUGCAGAAGAUGAGCAAAAAUUUUGAUGCUAGCAGCAAGAUGGAAUGCGCAGUGUGUUUCUAUGAUUUACACCUCUCUGCAGCAGGUUGUCAAUGUAAUCCUAACAAAUUUUCAUGUCUGAGUCAUGCCAAGCAGCUCUGUUCUUGCCCUUGGAGUGACAAAUUUUUCCUCUUCCGAUAUGAAAUGAGUGAGUUAGAUCUUCUUAUUGAAGCUUUAGAAGGAAAACUAGUUGCAGUCUACAAAUGGGCUAGAGAGGAUAUUGGAUUGUCUCUGCAGUCCUAUUCCCCCAAAGUCAUUUCCCAGGCAGAAGGCUUUAUAAGUGGUCUAGCCUCUCGUUCAGAAGAAUCAAAACAAAAGGAGCAUAAAUUCCAAGAUGUUGGAACACCCAACGGCAUGGGUAGAAAUUCUGUUUCUAGCAUUAAGGCUGAAUUGAAGGCACGUCUGCUCCAGUCUAAAACCUUAAAUGAAUUGAAAGCAAAAGACAGCACUGUUGGAACCCAAGAUGCAGCAGUACGCAGUGGCAUCACUAGUACUUCUGCUUCUAGCAUCAAGGCAGAAAUGAAGUUGCGUUUGCCCCAAUCAACAACGUUGGACAAACUGAAAGAGAAAGAUAAAGCAACAUCUACAAAUAUUUCAGUUGCAACCUCAAAUUAUAUUUCAUUUUUGCAAAGAGAGAUGACAUCUGAAGUUUCUUCUGAAAGCUGGAGCGACUCAAGUUCCUCAGACUCUGAUGUUGAGAUCAAAUCUUGGCUUUUAGCUAAGUGAAACUGCAUUUUCUAUGCUUUCAAAAGGUACAGUGAGCAAAAUACAGUACAGUAGACUCCUCGAAUCUUAGAUCUAAAGAGGCAUCUGUGAGCAAUUUAGCUUUGAGAAGCAAAUUAGAAAAAUUGUUUUGAGCUUUUUCCUUAAGUAAUAUUGUUCUUAUUAGCGAUGACAAGGUGAUGAGUAGUGUUAUAGUAAAACUUGAUAGAGAAGUGUGGCAAUGAGGUAUGAAUGGCGCUUCCUCACCCAGAAGAUGAUUUCUUAUUUUCUCCAUAGAAGAUAUUUGAUAUAAAUAACAAUUUAAAAAGCACCAAUUAAUGUCAUA